CUUCUGGGUCUUGCCCAGACUCAACAUGGCGGCUACAAGGCGCCUGUCUUAGUCUGUGAAGCCUACCCUGGCCGUGGGCCGUAGCGUCGAGUAACGUCACUCGAACCCCGUCGCGCCCCUUUGUGCGUCACGGGUGGCGGGCGCGGGAAGGGGAUUUGGAUUGUUGCGCCUCUGCUCUGAAGAAAGUGCUGUCUGGCUCCAACUCCAGUUCUUGCCCCUGAGCAGCGCCUGGAACCUAACCCUUCCCCCUCUGUCACCUUCUCGAUCCCGCCGGCGCUUUAGAGCCGCAGUCCAGUCUUGGAUCCUUCAGAGCCUCAGCCACUAGCUGCGAUGCAUGUGAUCAAGCGAGAUGGCCGCCAAGAGCGAGUCAUGUUUGACAAAAUUACAUCUCGAAUCCAGAAGCUUUGUUAUGGACUCAAUAUGGAUUUUGUUGAUCCUGCUCAGAUCACCAUGAAAGUAAUCCAAGGCUUGUACAGUGGGGUCACCACAGUGGAACUAGAUACUUUGGCUGCUGAAACAGCUGCAACCUUGACUACUAAGCACCCUGACUAUGCUAUCUUGGCAGCCAGGAUCGCUGUCUCUAACUUGCACAAAGAAACAAAGAAAGUGUUCAGUGAUGUGAUGGAAGACCUCUAUAACUACAUAAAUCCACAUAAUGGCAAACACUCUCCCAUGGUGGCCAAGUCAACAUUGGAUAUUGUUCUGGCCAAUAAAGAUCGCCUGAAUUCUGCUAUUAUCUAUGACCGAGAUUUCUCUUACAAUUACUUUGGCUUUAAGACGCUAGAGCGGUCUUAUUUGUUGAAGAUCAAUGGAAAAGUGGCUGAAAGACCACAACAUAUGUUGAUGAGAGUAUCUGUUGGGAUCCACAAAGAAGACAUUGAUGCAGCAAUCGAAACAUAUAAUCUUCUUUCUGAGAGGUGGUUUACUCAUGCUUCUCCCACUCUCUUCAAUGCUGGUACCAACCGCCCACAACUUUCUAGCUGUUUUCUUCUGAGUAUGAAAGAUGACAGCAUUGAAGGCAUUUAUGACACUCUAAAGCAAUGUGCAUUGAUUUCUAAGUCUGCUGGAGGAAUUGGUGUUGCUGUGAGUUGUAUUCGGGCUACUGGCAGCUACAUUGCUGGGACUAAUGGCAAUUCCAAUGGCCUUGUACCGAUGCUGAGAGUAUAUAACAACACAGCUCGAUAUGUGGAUCAAGGUGGGAACAAGCGUCCUGGGGCAUUUGCUAUUUACCUGGAGCCUUGGCAUUUAGACAUCUUUGAAUUCCUUGAUUUAAAGAAGAACACAGGAAAGGAAGAGCAGCGUGCCAGAGAUCUUUUCUUUGCUCUUUGGAUUCCAGAUCUCUUCAUGAAACGAGUGGAGACUAAUCAGGACUGGUCUUUGAUGUGUCCAAAUGAGUGUCCUGGUCUGGAUGAGGUUUGGGGAGAGGAAUUUGAGAAACUAUAUGCAAGUUAUGAGAAACAAGGUCGUGUCCGCAAAGUUGUAAAAGCUCAGCAGCUUUGGUAUGCCAUCAUUGAGUCUCAGACAGAAACAGGCACCCCGUAUAUGCUCUACAAAGAUUCCUGUAAUCGGAAGAGCAACCAGCAGAACCUGGGAACCAUCAAAUGCAGCAACCUGUGCACAGAAAUAGUGGAGUACACCAGCAAAGAUGAGGUUGCUGUUUGUAAUUUGGCUUCCCUGGCCCUGAAUAUGUAUGUCACAUCAGAACACACAUACGACUUUAAGAAGUUGGCUGAAGUCACUAAAGUUGUUGUCCGAAACUUGAAUAAAAUUAUUGAUAUAAACUACUAUCCUGUACCAGAGGCAUGCCUAUCAAAUAAACGCCAUCGCCCCAUUGGAAUUGGGGUACAAGGUCUGGCAGAUGCUUUUAUCCUGAUGAGAUACCCUUUUGAGAGUGCAGAAGCCCAGUUACUGAAUAAGCAGAUCUUUGAAACUAUUUAUUAUGGCGCUCUGGAAGCCAGCUGUGACCUUGCCAAGGAGCAGGGCCCAUACGAAACCUAUGAGGGCUCUCCAGUUAGCAAAGGAAUUCUUCAGUAUGAUAUGUGGAAUGUUACUCCUACAGACCUAUGGGACUGGAAGCUUCUCAAGGAGAAGAUUGCAAAGUAUGGUAUAAGAAACAGUUUACUUAUUGCCCCAAUGCCUACAGCUUCCACUGCUCAGAUCCUGGGGAAUAAUGAGUCCAUUGAACCUUACACCAGCAACAUCUAUACUCGCAGAGUCUUGUCAGGAGAAUUUCAGAUUGUAAAUCCUCACUUAUUGAAAGAUCUUACUGAGCGGGGCCUAUGGCAUGAAGAGAUGAAAAACCAGAUUAUUGCAUGCAAUGGCUCUAUCCAGAGCAUACCAGAAAUUCCUGAUGACCUGAAGCAACUUUAUAAAACUGUGUGGGAAAUCUCUCAGAAAACUGUUCUCAGGAUGGCAGCUGAGAGAGGUGCUUUCAUUGAUCAAAGCCAAUCUUUGAACAUCCACAUUGCUGAGCCUAACUAUGGCAAACUCACUAGUAUGCACUUCUAUGGCUGGAAGCAGGGUUUGAAGACUGGGAUGUAUUAUUUAAGGACAAGACCAGCGGCUAAUCCAAUCCAGUUCACUCUAAAUAAGGAGAAGCUAAAAGAUAAGGAAAAGGUAUCAAAAGAGGAAGAAGAGAAGGAGAGGAACACAGCAGCCAUGGUGUGCUCUUUGGAGAAUAGAGAUGAAUGUCUGAUGUGUGGAUCCUGAGGAAAGACUUGGAAGAGACCAGCAUGUCUUCAGUAGCCAAACUACUUCUUGAGCAUAGAUAGGUAUAGUGGGUUUGCUUGAGGUGGUAAGGCUUUGCUGGACCCUGUUGCAGGCAAAAAGGAAUAAUUGAUUUAAAGUACUGUUACGAUGAUAAUGAUUUUUUUUUAAACUCAUAUAUUGGGAUUUUCACCAAAAUAAUGCUUUUGAAAAAAAGAAAAAAAAAUGGAUAUAUUGAGAAUCAAAAUAGAAGUUUUAGGAAUGCAAAAUAAGUCAUCUUGCAUACAGGGAGUGAUUAAGUAAGGUUUCAUCAGCCCUUUAGCACUGCUUUUCUGAAGACUUCAGUUUUGUUAAGGAGAUUUAGUUUUACUGCUUUGACUGAUGGGUCUCUAGAAGCAAAACUGAGUGAUAACUCAUGAGAAGUACUGAUAGGACCUUUAUCUGGAUAUGGUCCUAUAGGUUAUUCUGAAAUAAAGAUAAACAUUUCUAAGUGA